GAACACAAUCUUAGUGCCGCUCAUUAAUCUAUUCGCCCACGUUUAUUGUUGCAGAUAUACUACGCCAUUCUCUUCUUCUCAGAAAAACUCGCUCUCUAUCUCGCUCUCUCUCUCUCUUUUCAAUCCUUAAAGAAUAAAGAGUGGUCGAGAAGGGGGCUCUCUGAGCUGUGGGGUGAUCCAAAGGAGACCUUGAGAGAGAGAGAGAUGAUGGGUUCAGGUCGGGCGAUGAGGAAGAACCCUGUGCAUGUGGUGGCGACUUGGGUGAAGAGGCAGCCUCCGAAGGUGAAGGCGUUCCUCGCUGUGGUGGCUGGAAUGGGGUUACUCGUUUUCCUGAGGCUCGUAGUUCAUGACCAUGACAACCUCUUUGUUGCAGCUGAGGCCUCACACGCCAUUGGUAUCUCUGUCUUGAUCUACAAAUUGAUCAAGGAGAAGACUUGUGCUGGACUUUCACUGAAGUCACAAGAACUUACUGCAUUGUUUUUAGCUGUUAGACUUUACUGUAGUUUUGUCAUGGAAUUUGAUCUACACACAUUACUGGAUUCGGCUACACUUAUCACAACAUUGUGGGUCAUUUAUAUGAUACGUUUUAAACUGCGAUCAAGUUACAUGGAGGACAAGGACAAUUUCCCAAUAUACUAUGUGGUGGUACCAUGUGCUUUACUUGCACUCUUUAUUCGACCAACAACAUCCCACAAUAUUGUCAACAGAAUCUUGUGGGCUUUCUGUGUAUACCUUGAAGCUGUUUCAGUAUUGCCUCAGUUACGAGUGAUGCAAAACGUAAAGAUUGUUGAACCAUUUACUGCUCAUUACGUAUUCGCACUUGGAGUUGCGCGGUUCUUGAGUUGUGCGCAUUGGGUUCUCCAGGUUUUGGACAGUCGUGGAUAUCUAUUGACUGCUCUGGGACAUGGUUUAUGGCCUUCUAUGGUUCUCCUUUCAGAAAUUGUUCAGACAUUCAUCUUGGCAGAUUUCUGCUACUAUUAUGUACAGAGUGUGCUGGGUGGGCAUCUUGUAUUGAGGCUUCCUUCUGGCGUGGUGUGAGAGAAUUGUUAUGUUGAGGAGGGAUGUUGGGGUAAAGAAGCCACCGUUCUCUCUUUGUAGAUAAGAACUCUUGAGUCCUGCACUGUAUUUCAUUUUUUGUUAGUUGCUUCUUGGUCUUUGUGGUUUAUUUAAUAGACGAUUAGAAUGGUUCCUUAACUGAAGUCUUUUGAAUCUAACUCCAGGUUUUGGUUUUGUCCUACUAAUCUACCUGCAACUCUGUUUUCCUAAUGGAAUGAAUCAGUAUGAGGACCAUUUGUGCUUGCUGUUA